AUGACAAAAAGAGGAGAGGAGUGGGGCGGCCCGCCAUUAUCAGCGAACGAGUGCGGCGGCUCGCCGAUAGCUGGUCAGAGGCAGGCGUGGCAGGGAUCAACAUCUUCAGCUGUGGCCUCCAAAUCGACCCCUGCGCUCUCCGUUGCGUGCGGCGCGGAACACCUGGCAGCGCUGGCGGUCGGCCAGGCGCCGCAGCGCGCGGCUAAAUCUGCCCACGUAACCAGAGCCCGCCUGGAGCUGACUCACGGCGCCGCCGCCUUUACUGGCGCCAGCGCGGGGGUGCGCGCGAGCGCGUUGAAGCCAGCUCGUCCUCGUCCACCUACUGCACUGGCUGCGGCGCACCUGGCGUCCCUCAAGAUGUCUGCGGCGUCGGCGUCGCCCCCGGCGCUGGCCCCCGGAGCGGGGCGGCGUCGCAAGAGCUGCGCAGCCCGCGAGGGCGACGCGUCGCCCGCCGGCAAGCGCGCCCGCCACUUCCGGCCCUGGCGCGCCACGCCGCACCACGCCUCCGAGCCCGCCGCCACAGCCUCCGCCGCCCCCGCCGCCCACGAGCACGACCGGCUGCCGCCGUCGCCACCCCCCACCUCCGGCGAAAGCCGCCUGUCGUCGCCGCCACCGCGCUGCGACCUCACGCCGCCCACGUCCAGCGCGUCUCCCACGCCGCCUCCGCCCCCCGCCAAGCCUGACUCGCCCGCCCACUGCUCCAGGCUGGGGGCCGCACAGUCGCCUCCGCCGGCCGCCCUCGCUUCCUUGCAGGACGCCGACUCCCGCCAUCAGAGCACGCCGCCCACGGCGCCGCCCAUCCUGCUCAGGCUACCUCACACGCUGACACCUCCCGACGGAGCGGACGGCCCGUCGCUGAGGCAUUCACCGCCGCCUUUGCCGCCGCCGCCCACGCUGGCGCCGCCCCCGCAGCUGCUGCUGAGAGUGCCGCCCACCCACCCGUACACGGCGCUGGAGCUGCGGCCGGCGCCGCCACUGCCGCUGCCGCCGUUGGGCGCUGCCCCGCCGCCCCCGCAGCCGCGGUUCGCGCCGCCCAGUCCCGGCCCGUCUGCCGCCGCCGGCCGGGCGCCGGACCCGUUGCAGAGCGAGCCGCUGUCGCUGGUGCUGCGCCACCAGGCGGAGCCGCCGCGCGACUCGGCGCCGCCCCCGCGAGACGUGCCACCGCCGCCACCCACGCUCGACCCGGCGCCCCAGUCCUCACAGCAGCAGCAGCAGCAGCAGCAGGCACCGCGCAACUACAAGAACAUGACGCGCGAGCGGCGCAUCGAGGCGAACGCCCGCGAGCGCACGCGCGUGCACACCAUCAGCGCGGCGUUCGACACGCUGCGGCGAGCCGUGCCGUCGUACGCGCACGCGCAGAAGCUGAGCAAGCUGUCGGUGCUGCGCAUCGCGUCCGCCUACAUCAUGACGCUGGCGCGCGUCGCCGGCUAUGACUACAGCCGCGACGGCAGCCGGCCCAGCCUGGCCGAGUGCGUGGACCAGGUGUCGCGCACCAUCCAGACCGAGGGCCGUCUGCGCCGCAAGAAGGACGACUGACGCCGGCCGCCCCCGCCGCCCCCUCCCCCCACCUCUAGUCACGACGCUGCUGCGGCGCACUCCUCCGGCGAGCGUAGGCCCUAGCCGCCGGACCUCUCAAAACUGGGAUGUCAACACGAGACUCGAGAGUACCAGUUCCUAGACGGCAACUCCCACCCAGCAAUAUCUUCCUUGACACCUGCUGCAGAAUCGUUCCUUAACAAAAAGAGUCGAACCAUCUCUUCUGGGCUGUGAAUUCGCCAGAGAAGCUGGUUCGCCAGAUAGCAAUCGUCGUCAAUCUAGUACUUAAGGGAACACCUUGUGGUAACAGUCGCAUCACGAGAAGUGCUUUCACAAAUGCUGUAGGACCAUUUGGCAAUAAUACUGCGAUACCAGUACAUGCCUCAAGAAGAGACGUCUAAUUACUGACCUGCAGCUACGAUGACAGUGCUCAGCGUACAGUACAUUAGCUCCACAUAGAAAUAUGUGACAAGCUUGGCAGCAGUCGACAUAUGAAUAAUAGCGACAACAGUACAGAAAGGAGAGGACCAGGGUCUAUCAAGAUGGUCAUGACAUGUCAAUUGCCACAACAGACGCCAUCGCACAAGAAACUUUUCUGCAGCCUCCCAGACAACAUCUGAUUAGCCCACAUCAAAGUUUAUGACUGAAUUUCAUGUAUGUAUAGCUUGUAAGAAACCGUCUUCGUCGUUCAUCAUCUAGUAAUGGGAUGCACCAGGUGUAUUCGUAAUUUUCUGAUGAAGACUUCACACCUUCUUCUAGUCAUAAUUCUACGAGAAAACACCUCAAUUUUUCCCCAUACGGUGAUACUAGAUAUGGAAGUUUAUGACGACGCAGCUUGUUUACAGAAUUGAUUAGAGCCUGUUGGAACCCUAACUGCGCAGUCUCUGCUCUCUACAACUCAGUUACUCUGCAUAUUCUCAUUACGACAGGCUGUGCAAGAGUAGUCCACUGGUGACGUCAGCUUUACUGUUGAUGGCCUUAGUGACAAGUUCACGUCUCGCAAGAAAAUACUAUAUAUUUAACUUCGUAUGAAGACAAUCGGAAGCAGCUAAGAAUAUGGAUAUAUUUUCUGAUAGUUUGAUCGCAAACGACGUGAAUACUGAAUUACGCAUAUGAAGACUUGGGUCAGUCCACAAGAUCAGCACUGAUCAACUCGUGCAGUUAUUCUUCUGGCAUUCUGACUGCCUGAGACGGCGUCGUCGUAUCUUACAACCAACUUGCCGGUGAAGACUAAUACUUUAUAAAGUUAUUUGGAAAUAAAAAAAAGGGAUAUGUGCGUUGAAGAGAGAGCAAUAUUCACACGUUACAGAUUUUAUUCCAAAUAAUAACAGACGUCUCCAUAGAUACAACAUAUGCAGCGUUACAUAUCUUAAGAGAAAAGAUGCCAGAUAGUGAAUCACACGAAGUGGUCUGCAACAGUAGAAAUGUGUGAAACAUGUAGAUCUGAGAAUACCGUCAUAUUACAAGAAAAUUAAAAGACUUUAUCAUUAAUUGUCGAAAGACUUACGACGCAGAACCCUUGCGUAACAAUAGAUCUGAGGUCCAUUAUACAGGGUUGGAAGAGUUGGAUCUGGUAAACGCUUGUAGCAGAAUGUUGUCCCAUUUGGAAUAACUGAAUGUAAUACAGUUGGUGAACAUUACCAAAAAUGUCGAUUCUCGUCUUCUGUGAAAUCAAAUGAAAGACAGAAAAAGCGAUGACAACUGUUUUAUAAAUCUGGUGCAAGACUGCUUCUCGUAAGCUGAAAAAUAAGAUUAGACUUAUUUAAAGGGCUAAGCAAAUUUUCACCAACGUUAAUUGCUACGGGAGAAGCUACAAUAUAUUUCGACAACGUGGAGAGGAAUCGCAAGUUUUAAUGGUUUCAGUAGAAUAUUUCUUGAGCGAUGGCAACGUGCCUCUUACUGCAGUCUGUAAGUAGGUGAAUAUUGGCGAAGACUGUUGGUCCUACAGCAACUGAAGAAAACUACCGUUAUUGCCUGCAGGCUUCUGAUAUCCUAACUAUUCAGGGCUUUUUUUUUCUUAAUUCGUGUACAGGAUGUCACGAACUUUUUUCUGUCUGUCUACAAGAAUACGCCGCACUUUGUUGCAGUGAGGUCGUACCUAACGAUCCUGGUUUAGAACUUUCCUGAUCAGUGAAGGAAGUGUGAUGUGAAGAAGUCGUCCCUCUCAUCGACUGAAAUUACUGUGUAAGAGUGUCUCUAUGAAUGUGUUUUAUGUGUUUGUGCAACUGCUGUGACAAACAAGGACAAUAUCCUACCAUCCAUUCCUAGCUGUGUAUUGUGUUAAUAGACUUCAGAUCUAUCCUGUAAAUCAAUAAGUUGUAGCGUUGGUGUUGUUCCGUAAGUUUGGUGUCAUAGAAUCUUAGUUCAGUGUCACUGCUAAUAUUUUCUGUUACGCACAGAAUGUUCUCCGCUGUGUGUUCACUAUUCCUUGGUGUAGCGCCACGCUGGACGUACAUACGUUAAUGAAAUGGAGUCGAAACGACGUCAGUCGGAAAGCUAUAUUGUUAAAAGUACCUGAGAAGAUGCAAUUUGUAGAUAAGUUGUGUGAGUCUGUAUAUAAUUUUAAUAGUUUCUAGAAUCUACUAAAACUAUAACAAAACACUAAUAGUACGUAAUUUAAGGUAAAACGAGAAAAUAUGUGUACUAAACUAAUCGCUGUAAGCAAUGUAUUGCUCACUAAAUGUUGUUUUAUUGUGAUAGUGCCUUGUGGAUGGGCUUCAGUGCGGCUCCGUAGGACUGUAGCGAAAGGUGUACUUCCUCACAGAUGAAUGAGAUUCGUCGGACAGGAAAGCGCCAUCAGAAAGAAAUUAUUUGAGUCUGUGUACUAAGUAGUCCAAGGAUACCAGUAUUCAACCGCUUACAAAAUGUGCCAAAAUUAUUACUUUUUAUAACUAAUAUUUGUGCCAAAUUUUAAGAUUAUAAGAAUAUUUCCAACUUUUUUUUAGAGAAAGAAAAGACAGCUAUUUUCGAUACGCAAAGGCUUUAUCAGAAAGUUGAAGUCGUCUCGAACAGUCAGCGGAAUAGUUCAGAAGAUCGUAACACCGGGGAAAAAACAAGCCACCCUUGAUUUCGAUGGAAAAGGAAUGAGUUUGUGCUAUUUUGAAGUUGCGGUUCGGCUGGCAGUCCGAGACAUUGUAUAAUUUGUUUUUCAUUAUAGAAAUAUAAUAAUGAGCGGAAGCAUGUUCAGAAGUCAAUUUCCGUGCCAAUCCUAUCAUUCCAACUCGGAGGUUUCUUUCGAGGUAAUUUACUCCGGAAACGCUAUUUCCUUUCAGGCAUUCGUGAAAAAUUCUCACGAGAAAUAAUGAUGUCCUUUUUACAUUUGCUCCUGCCCCUACAGUUGGUUGUCCUGGAGUACUGUGCCCUCUGUAUAAUGUAGAAACCGUGGUCCUGUGUCAUAUUGUAUUUCACACUCCAAUAUUUGUUGUACAUCACUUGUUGGUGCUGUUCCAGAUCGUUGUGCAAUGCUGUAUUAGGGAUUAGUACUGUUGCACAACGCUGUAGAAUGACUAUUGCAGUACAGCAGGGUGCAGACUAAACUAUGUUGCUAAUCUUUCAGUUGCCUCCCUUUUUCUGUACGCAGUAGAUUGUACUGUGCAAUGCGGUACUGUAACACCUUUCUAAAUUUAGUUACUGUGUAUCCUGAAUUUUAUUACAUUGAUCUACACUUUAGAGCUCUGUGAUAUGAGUUGUAGUGUGUGGUAGUUCCAUAGAAUUGUACUGUAUGGUGCUGGACGUGUCAUUGCUGCACUGUUCUGUUGCGUUGACUGAUGGCUCACUUGGUAUCGGUGUGUUAACGUGUUAUGCUGUUAGGGAGGCAUGGGUGCUAUGUACUGUUUUUGUGUACUGCCGUCCUGGUCUUUGGCCGGGCCAACUACAGACAAUAAUAAAGCUGCCUUCUUGAAAUGA